UCAUGCAUAAAUAAAGACAACAAUCAAGAUGGCGGAUUUGGUGCGCUGUGCCUUCGGACCGGCGUUAUAUCGAAUCUACAGUCGCGUCGAGUCUCGGAUCCGAAGCCGGGCUUAUGAGCAAGGAGGGCUUGAACAAUGUGGCGAAGGAGUCAUUAAGGCGUUGUCCUAUGCCUGGUCGAUAUGCUACUACACUUCUCCUGCCCUUGGAUUUUACAUGUUUAGAAAAGGAUUUUUCACACAUGCAGGAAUAAUUUAUAUGUCGAAGUACAUUGGUACAGCCGUGGUUUUACUUCUUGGUGCCUACUGCAUAAGAGGGUAUGGCAGGUAUUUAAAUCAUGAUUAUAGAGAGUUCUUAGACAUCCUGGUUGCUACCAAAGGCUCAAAUACAGAUGAAAAUAAGCGACGUCUUGGCAUGUAUGACUUCAUGUUCUAUGAAUGGCCCGCAGAUUAUACUUGGGAUGAAGCACUGAGAAGAGAUGCUUCUGAGGCAGAAAGCCCAUUCCUAAGUCCCUCUCGCAGAAGCCCAAGAGGUUUAACUGCUCAACUUUUAGCAUUUCCAUGUGAUUCCCUAAGAUAUUUAGCUGCUCACUCAGUAGGAAGGCCUCUCAUGUACCCAGGCUCUAUAAGGCUUCUGCAAGCAGGCUUGGCCGAGCCAAUUCUGAGUGGUCGAACUGCAUUUCUUGAAAAGGGAGGCAAGAGAGCCAAAUUGUUAGCAGCAGAUGGCAAUCAUAUUGAUACAAUGUUUGUAGACAAGAGAGGGAACAUAAGCAACAAGGGAGAAACCCUGGUGAUAGCAUGUGAAGGCAAUGCAGGGUUUUAUGAGCUUGGCUUGAUGUCAACCCCACUCAAAGCUGGUUACUCGGCUCUCGGCUGGAAUCAUCCGGGUUUUGGCGGCAGUACAGGGCUUCCGUUCCCAUCAGCUGAAAAGAAUGCGAUAGAUGUAGUUGUGCAGUAUGCCGUCCAAAAGCUCGGCUUCCCUUUAGAAAGUAUUUUCAUUUAUGCCUGGUCUAUAGGAGGAUUCUCAGCUUGUUACGCAGCCAUGACUUACCCUCAGCUAGGAGGACUGGUACUGGAUGCGGCAUUUGAUGACAUAGUUCCUCUCGCCCAAAGCAAGAUGCCUGAAGUUUUAAGCGGUUUUAUUACUCAGACGGUGAGAGAAUACUUUAAUCUGAACAACAUCAAGUACCUUUAUGGUUACUCUGGUCCUGUUCUUGUUGUGCGUCGGAUGAGAGAUGAGAUCAUCACUGUCGUGGAAGGGGACAUUAGCACAAACCUUGGAAACAUUCUUUUGGUAAAGUUGUUGAAGCACAGAUAUCCAAAUCUAUUGGAUCGUGAGGCUCGCAUGGUGUUAGAUGAGUUUUUAGCUGCCCCGGAACAAAAUAUAAAGUUGGGCCUGUGGACAAGCAUGAACGUGGAUGUCGAGGAGUGUAACCUGAAGUUGAAAGAAUACACGGAGCAACACGGCAAAACCUUCCCCAUGAAAAUCGGCCAUGACAUGCCCCCUGAGAAGAGAAUCCACAUGCUUAUGUUCCUGGUUCUGCAGCACCUGAUGGAUUUUGACGCAGCCCAUUGUAUACCUUUGCCCUCGACCGAAUUCCGUCUCCCGUGGAAGAUAGCAUCUUAGACGAAAACAGGCCAACAUCAAAGUAUUCAACAUUCUUUUAGUUGAAAGGUCUUCGAAAAGAGGUUGUAAUUCCAAGAAAACCAGCUCCUGGCGUUCUUACCGGGUUUCCUGUGUUCAGCCUAGCCCCACGUUUUUUUUACCGGGUUUCCUGUGUUAGCCUAGCCCAAGGCCUUCUUACCCGGGCUUCCGAUCAGGUUUUGAGGUUGGUAAGACCAUGUCCCCAUGUAUCCGUUUUCGUUUGAAAACGCAACCUUUUUGUUCCGAUUUCAAAAAGAUCCACGUCCACACGAAGCGUUUUCAUUUUGAUACGACCCGUCCCCACGAAAACGCAGAAACGAUACGAAAACGAUAAUAAGUUCUAUAGCGCAUGCGUACUCGCGCGCCAAGUGGACUGGAUCUGAGUUAUCACGCCAUUGUUUACGAAAAGUUCCGUUUUCGUCCGUCCCCACGGCACCGAAAGGGUAUUGUUUUCAAAUUGUUCCACUUUGGAUACCGUUUUCAAAUCGUUCCGUUUUGGGUCAUCGUUUUUGCGUUUCCGUGUGGAAGGUACCCGUAUCCGUAACAAAAAGGUUACGUUUUCAAACGAAAACGGAUAGGUUGGCACGGGGUCUUAGAGUUGUGACGUCACAGGCUCUUCCCAGACCCCAAACUACUUUCACGGUUUAUCUCAAAGGACAGGAAACCCGGUAAGAAUGCAUUGUACUACGCUGCGAAAAAACGGCAACCGACUAAGUCAUUUUAGCUGUAAAAACACGCCAGCGUAUUACGUGACAGAGCUCAAAUUGAUAGCCUGCGUAACGGCUCAAGGGAAGGGGAAGGGGAGGAAGCCCCCUCGGUCGCGCGCUCGCUUUUCUUCUCUACCCCCCUCUACCCCCGUCCCUCUCCCUUGAGCCGACGCAGGCUGUCAAAUAUUUUUUGGACUCAACCUAGGUUUUUUUUGUUUUUGCAUGAGUGUCGUCGUGUAAAACAGCAAAAUGGAUGUAUUCAGUUGUAAAUAUUUGCCAUCAAUGGUACAAUUAAAAAAAAUAAAAACUUUUGACUAUA